AUGAAAUGGGUAUAUUUCGUGCGGUUUGCGCGGUUCGUGCGUGCGUUGUGCGGGCGCGCGGGACGUGUGUCGCGGCAGACGCACAUGCUGCGUCUAUUCUGGGCGGGCGGCGACGAACGCUCGGCCGGCAUCGAGCGAACUCGAUCUAGGUCGGGCGGGCGGCGUCUGUCCAUACACUGCUACCAAACGCCACGCCGCGCACGCUAUGCUAAUGCUCACGACAAAUUAUUCCGUAAGUCGUAA